UGGUAGGCCCGGCCGUUGUGUUAGUCAAGAUAGGAGAGAAGGGGGAAAAAAAUCACAACCGUUUUUUUCCUUCAUUGAGUGAGACUGUGGUUCAGGAGGAGGAAUAACACAACAACUCGCCCUCCUGUCCGUUUUCCUUUUAACCAAUUGUUACCAGCUCGGGGAGGCACGAACGCUUGCAGCAGAAGUGACUCAAGUAAGCCAUUGUGCACUUACAACACGCUGUCACGUACCCGGUUCUGACUUGCCCAGCAGACGACAGAAAUAACACGGAGUAGGCAGAUGAUAAUCUGAGGGGGAAAGAAGAAUAAUAACAACAAAUAGUUUUAAAAUCACUGUUUUUUUUUUCAAUAUAUUUUUUUCCGAAGCAAUAUUUUGUGUGUGUGUGUUUUCUGCAUCGGCAACGAACGUCACGUCUGCUUCUUACGUCUGCUUCACAAUUAACGGAUUCACAAAAGGUGGGAAACUUCAAUGUGAACAUUUUGUGGUGAUUUUUGGUGAUUAGUUUAUAUUUGAGGCUGUGUGCAUUUUAAUGUAAUAUUUCCUUUCAUGGACAAGACCCGUGAUUAAAAGCGAAUUCCAUCUUGUCGUAUUUGUGUCAAGGAUUUAGUCAAUUGGUUGGUGCCGAGAAACAAUCGUGCCAAUAAUUUGGAACCAUUCACAACGUGGAGUAGUGCGGACGAGUGGAUACAAAGGAAAAUCUGCAGAGGACGUAGCUCGGACACGGGGAGGCUUAUCUCAGCCACUUUCACUGGAAUUAGCCGGACACUGGACACGGAGAGGACACUCGAAGAAGGGUGUCCCCUGGUGUCACUCUUGACACCGGAAGUGACGAGACAGUUUCACAGGGCUGGGAAAAACAUGACAGAGUUGAAGCCAUGAAGGAGAAGUCCAAGAAUGCCGCUCGAACUCGCAGGGAGAAGGAGAAUGCUGAGUUCUACGAGCUGGCCAAAAUGUUGCCUCUGCCUUCAGCCAUUACGUCACAGCUGGACAAGGCCUCCAUAAUUAGACUGUCCACCAGUUAUUUAAAGAUGAGAGCGGUUUUUCCUGAUGGUCUUGGUGACGCCUGGGGACAGAGACAGCCACCAAAGACACCUUUAGAGAAGGAGCUUGGCUCUCACCUGUUGCAGACUUUGGAUGGAUUCAUCUUCGUCGUCGCCCCUGAUGGUAAAAUAAUGUACAUCUCCGAGACCGCCUCUGUUCACUUGGGAUUGUCACAGGUUGAGUUGACCGGUGGGAGUAUCUAUGAAUAUAUCCACCCUGCUGACCACGAUGAGAUGACUGCACUGCUGACAGUCCAUCAUCCUUAUCACACCCACAUACUGCAAGAUGUAGAAAUUGAAAGAUCAUUUUUCUUGAGAAUGAAAUGUGUACUGGCUAAACGAAAUGCUGGACUGACGUCAGGAGGCUAUAAGGUAAUUCAUUGCAGUGGAUAUCUAAAGAUCAAACAGUACACGAUGGAUAUAGCGCCUUACGAUGGGUGUUACCAGAAUGUCGGACUAGUAGCCGUUGGUCACUCCUUACCUCCUUCGGCCAUUACGGAGAUCAAGAUGUUUUCCAAUAUGUUUAUGUUCAGAGCAUCUCUGGAUCUAAAACUCAUUUUUCUAGAUGCCAGGGUUGCGGCGCUGACGGGUUACGAGCCCCAGGAUCUGAUCGAGAAGACGCUUUACCACUACAUCCACGCCUGUGAUAUCCUCCAUAUGAGAUACGCCCAUCACACACUGUUGCUCAAAGGUCAGGUGACCACCAGGUAUUAUCGCUUCAUGGCCAAAGACGGGGGCUGGGUUUGGAUGCAGAGCUACGCCACCAUUGUCCACAACAGUCGGUCAAGCCGACCGCACUGCAUCGUCAGCGUCAAUUACGUCUUGAGUGAGGUGCUUAACAAAGAUGUCCAGAUUCAGAUAGAACAGACCAUGUCAGCCAAGGAACUAUCGCCUUACUCGGCCAUGAAGAGUGGCAAUAGCAGCACCUCCACGGCAAGCAGCUCCACGGCAACUAGCUCAGGGGCAUCCGGGGGCAAGAGCAGACCGGCCAGAAAUAAAUCUCGUCGAUCUCCUUACCCCCAAAUGGCUGCCGAGACCCCCGAGUACUCCACUGAAUUUUCUGUGGAAAAGACCCCGAUGGAUUACCCAGCUCCGGAGGUACCUUCCGUCCCUAUCCAGCCGUAUCCAAACAUGAUGUAUCCUCCAACACCGGAAGCUAUGGGUGUGGACCGGUACAGCGCUCUAUAUUCUACGCCGUAUCCACAUCCAGGUAUGACCAUGUACCGAGAUGCGGCAUGUGUUUACUCGCCCUAUCAACCUUCAGCCCACCAGAGAUACUUAGAGAACCACAGCCCUUACCGGUCCUACGAGGAGCGUUAUUACCCUGCCCGAGAUCCAGCGGCGUAUCCGGGCUAUCUUUCGUCCAACGCUGCCAUUCAAAGUGCAGCAGCGGCCACAACUUCUAGACUCACCCACUUGUCAGACUCGUGCCAAGAUCCGAACCAAAACGGUCUGGCACACACCCACUCACAGUAUGAUUUUAGAACCGCCCCCAGUAUGGACAUGGGAGGGGUGUCCUCGUCUGCUUUAGGAAGUGGGAUCGUUAACUGCCCGCGUAGCAGCUCCAGUGACGCCCACUCCUACAACACCUCGCACUACCCAGCUCCCUUCAGCAACAGGUCAGAGUCUUCCGCCUCUGAGGUAGAUGUCGGGAGCGAAGAGUUCACGGAAAAACAGCGUCAUCAGCACCAGAAGCAUCACCAGAAGCACCACCAGAAGCACCACUAUUCUUCUAAAUCCCAGCAUUCACUCAAUCAAUUGUCAGACGUUUCGAACGGCAACAGCACAAUCAGUGGUGCUAAUAGCGGAGGCAGUGGAGUUAAUACCUAUGAUAUGACUUCUAACGGAAGCAUAAAAGAAGACACGCUUGUCAAAACUUCAGCAGAGGUAACCGGGUCAAGGACAGUAUCCACAGUCUCUCCCCCGCACAGGGAAUCUUGCAUACCCCAAUCCGUCAUCCGCCGUCACUCUAAUGCUACCUCUACCUACAACUCUACGGAGAGGACGUUUACCUCUUCCCCAGAUUACAGCGCCAAAAACAACAGCAGCAAUGCCAACAGUAGCAGCUCCUCAAGCACUUCGUCAGUCCCACUGUCCAACACAUUGUCUUUUGUUCAGCACGCGCCUUCCUCUAGCGCGGAAUCUUCCUCAUCCACAUCGUCUUCCUCGUCCAUAUCAUCCACUACAACGUCCUCGAUUCCGUCUUCGGCAACAGUGCAUCAUCAUCACCACCACCAUCAACAGCACGGCGGAGGUCAGCUUUCAGGUCACCACACUGGACAGCACCUCCAGCCGCAUCACAACACAAGCGGCCAGGACAAGACGCCCAUGCCCGGCGACCUCUUGCCGCUGACCACACCUCUAACCCACAGCAUGGACAUGCCCAUGGCUGGCAGCGCCGCCUCGUCCAACGGCGAUGCUCUGACUUCGGGCGGGCUCGCCAACGGUAAGACCUACGACAUGUCCUCGCCGGAUGUCAGCACAACGAAGCACUACUUUGACAUGUCCUCCAUGAACCCAAGCAAAAUGUACGACAUGUCAAUGUCUUCGUCCGUCGGCAAACUCUACGAUACCACCUCGUCCGUCGGCAAACUCUACGAUACCACCUCGUCGGCGUCCAACAAACUCUACGAGAUGUCCGCCGCCCACCACACGGCUAAGAACCUCUACGAGAUCUCCUCUCCCGACAGUGUGACUUCCAAAAAACUUUACGACAUAUCCACCACCGCCAACAAGUAUUACGACAUGCGGAUGAUGCACGACAAGGCUAUGUCCGCUUCCGUCGCCGACUACAACAGCUGCUUCAAAGGCGCUUGCAGCUAUGACAACUACACGCAGGGUUCAAUGUAUCAAACAACGGCCCUGCAGACCCAACGUCCGUAUACUGGCAUCCCACAAGCCGGAUACACCAGUGUCAUUGUUGACCCACAGCAGUAUCAUGUUGCUAAUGGCUACGCUGUACACUAACUAGUUGUAAACAGUAGAACAAUUUCAAACAAUCUUACACAUAAGACUGGAUUGUAAUAAGAUUAUUGUGUUUACUGUGAUGGCAGUAGGUCCAAUUCUUUUACCUACAAAUAAAAUAUUAUUGAGAUUUUCAAAAAUCAAAUAUUAACAUACUGGAGAAAUUAUUAUAUUUUUUGUUUUGAGCAAAUGUAUGUUAGACAAUAUUUAUUCAAAUAUUGAAUGCGUUAUAUAAUCUAAUUUAUGUAUAUUGAAAUUAAUGCUAUGGAAGGGUGUGUAAACGUUUCUUUGACAAGCCGCGCCCCAAUCGUAGCAAUGUACUUGAGUAGAUAUAAGCAUUUUUGGAGUCUGAUUUCAUAGUAGUGGUCGUUCUCAGCUUAUUGUCCAUGAGCCAGUAGGCAUCUUCUUAAAUGUGAGCCCUUUACAAGCAUGAACUUUGGAUCAAUGUAUUGACUGUACCACGUAAUACCAUUAUUCAAAGAUUGAGAGCCAUUUCAUCGUUUAUGCUUUUAGUUCAUUAUUAGGAGAGAGAAAAUCCUGUAUAAUGAAUUUUUAGAUUAUAUACAUAGUGCAACAACAAUGGAUGGUAAUUUUUUAUCUUCCUUAAAAUCAAUAUCUUGUAACUACUUUGAAGUACAUUACAAUCAUAUAAGACGUCUGUAAUAGGACGUUACAGGUGGAGGCGUAUCACUUCUGUAAAGUAUUCUUUCUAAUCAGUAUUUGAUGACGUAAUACACAACACCAUCCCCCACUACAAUGCUGCAAUCAAUCUGAGACUUCUAGUUGAGUCUACUGAGUACAUGUGCAAUAGGAUCUUAGUUCGUAUCCUUCUACUCUCUGUAUAUACAUAGAUUUCUAUUAGUUCUAUAAUCAUGGUAAGAAUGGACACUUUAGGCAAUUCAUUGUUACACUCUCUGGUUAGAGAUAGCGUGAGAAACUGAACACAAAAACAUAUACUCAGCUGCGUGGCUAGGGUAGGGGGGGGGGGGAGGGGGAGAAUUAGGAAAUCCCCCAAAUGAGUGUUAAUUUAAUGUUACGCAAAAUGCAGGGGCUCCCAAAGAGGUCAAGCCCCCUCCCCCCCGGGUCCCCAAACAAUGGAAUAUUCUUAGGUAGGACGCCCCUGCAAUUACGUGUACUUAUGAAAAGUACCUCUGACCAAGAUAACGUUUUCUUGUAGGAAAUACCAAGAGACACUAAAUAGGUUGAAGGUUUACAGUAAGCAGAUGUUCAAUAUAUUCUAUCAACAAUUUUCAAAAGAUGACAGUCUUGUACCAGAGAUCUCACAGACACUGUGUCCCGUUUUUGUUAUUCUUCUUAUUAUUAUCAUCAAUAUUAUUAUUAGGCUUAUUAGUUUCGUAGGAGAGACAUCUACUUCUAGGUAAAGUUAAUAAUAAGGCUUAUCUUCAAGUCUAAAGAUCUAAGAUCUAAGUUCUAGCUUCGACCUACUUAGUUUGCCAUUCUCCGCGCAGACAGAAGUAAAGUUUAAAAAAAAGGGGGGAGGGAGAAAAUCCUAGAUCCACCCAGCCUGUGUUAGUCUAAUUUCCUAUAUUCCAAACCAGAGGGCCGUACAUAGAAGCAUAGGAAGGACUGAGAGACUCAGCAGUUACAGUAAAAUUGUUUCAAGUAGAUUAUAGACAAAACUCUGAAUUCGACUUUCCCCCCCCCCCCCCCUAGAUUACAAAUAAUCUCGUGUGCUAAAAGAAAAGGUUAGUAUAUUACGUAACGCCAAUAAAUCACCUUUUUACCCCACCCUUAACCCCCUUGAAAUAAAUCGUAACAAAACUCAAUACCCCUCCCCCUUCCCUCCCGGUAGAGUAACAUAAUAAAAAAAAAUUCGAAUUUUACAAAAAAACUUAUUUAUUAAUUAUAUUUUCCCAAAUGACAUGUUUCAUCAUAGUAGCGAUGGAAAUCAUGAAAAAAGUAUCCGUCUCUUUCCCGCGCUUUCAUCUUAUUCUCUGAAUUUUCAAGACGAUCAUAAUAACAUUCACUCGCCUCUCUCCAUUCCUCCUCAUCGCCAUCAGAAAGAAGGACCUCAUUUCUUCGCUUUGUUAUCAGUCGCUUUGGUCUCAGCUUAGUAGUAGUGCCGAGGUUCUUUAGUCGUUACGUAAUAGCCAACAUUUUCAUAAGGAUGAGUAAUUCGAGUUGGACUUAUGGUGUACCCUGAAUGUCUUGCUGAAUGGUGUACCCUGAAUGUCUUGCUGAAUGGUGUACCCUGAAUGUCUUGCUGAAUGGUGUACCCUGAAUGUCUUGCUGAAUGGUGUACCCUGAAUGUCUUGCUGAAUGGUGUGCUCUGAAUGUCUUGCUGAAUGGUGUGCUCUGAAGGUCUUGCUGAAUGAUGUGCUCUGAAUAGUUUCUUGAUAAAUAAAUGGCACGCUAUUGUUCUCUUAAUAUCGUUAAUUUAUUUUACGGGUUUGUGCGCAUAGUUCUUUCCUCCAAUAAAUCUGCAGACGGGACUUAUUUAAUUUGUCACACGCAACACAGAGAAAAAAACAACAACAUUAGCUGCCAAGUGGUCCGUUACGAAGCUUCUCACUGAUAGAAAACAUGGAAUUGUUUGUUUUUAUUUGUUAGAGAAACAGACUAUAUCGUGGUAAGAACUAGAUUAUCUUUCUAAAUAUUGACUAGAACUAAAACACACUUUGUUUUUGAUUGAACAAUAAUCAAUUUCCAACUAUACAGUCUAAUAGGUCGAUGUAUUUUAUAAUGUUCUUUAAAAUAGGUGUACUAUUAUGUGCAAUAGUCACUGAAGCUUAUAUGCACAUUUUGUAGCAGAUAUAUACUUGAAUGUGUAUUUAAUUGUUUUAGUGAAUUCCAAAAUAUGUAAUUAAACAAGAAAAAAAUAAUAUAAAGUCAAAUCCUGUAUUAAUUUGUACAUAAAAUGAGUAUGUUUUAUGAAAGUUAUAUCAACAAUGUGUAUAAACCUGUAUUGGAAAUAACGUGAGUGUUGUUUAGCAGGCAAUCUGUGUUGUGUGUGUUUCAGUAUGGUAAUGUAGGCAUGGAAUAAAAAGAAAUAUUCUUUGAAAUACAGUGUUGAAAAUAAUUAGGGAAAAGAACGAAUGUAUUCCUUGGAGAAAAGGAAGUAGGCCUACAUUUUCUAUUAAUAGUUUGAACGUUGUAAACGUAUGUGACAUAUUUAGGUCAGUGCGUGUGCGAAACUAAAUCUUCACGUGUGGUUUACAUCACCUUCACGUGUGGUUCAGAACACAUUCACCAGUUUAUUACAUCACCUUCACGUGUGGUUCAGAACACAUUCACCAGUUUAUUACAUCACCUUCACGUGUGGUUCAGAACACAUUCACCAGUUUAUUACAUCACCUUCACGUGUGGUUAUAAAACAAACAAAAGUUAGUCCAGGGUCACAACUGAAGCAGUUUCUCAACCUCCUACUCAACAUUGUUAUGUAAAAUAAAAAAAAAUGAGACGCAAUGGCUGAGUGGUCAAGCGAUUGGCUUCCGAACCGAGGGGUCCCAGGUUCGAACCCUGUUGAAAACUGGGAUUUUCAAUUUCGGGAUUUUCAUUGCGCUUCUGAGUUUACCCAGUUCUAAUGUGUACCUGACAUUGGUUAGGGAAAAGUUAAUGUGGUUGGUCGUUGUGCUGGCCACAUGACACCCUGCUCCAAUGUGUACCUGACAUUGGUUAGGGAACAGUAAAGGAGGUUGGUCGUUGUGCUGGCCACAUGACACCCUGCUCUAAUGUGUACCUGACAUUGAUUAGGGAACAGUAAAGGCGGUUGGUCGUUGUGCUGGCCACAUGACACCCUGCUCUAAUGUGUACCUGACAUUGGUUAGGGAACAGUAAAGGCGGUUGGUCGUUGUGCUGGCCACAUGACACCCUGCUCUAAUGUGUACCUGACAUUGGUUAGGGAACAGUAAAGGCGGUUGGUCGUUGUGCUGGCCACAUGACACCCUGCUCUAAUGUGUACCUGACAUUGGUUAGGGAAAAGUUAAUGUGGUUGGUCGUUGUGCUUGCGACAUGUCAUCCUCGUUAACCGUGGGCCACAGAAACAGAUGAUCUUUACAUCCUUCUCCCCAUAGAUCGUAAGGUCUGAAAGGGGAACUUUACUUUUUAAAAGAAAAAAUAGAAAGAAUAGAGAAUACAGGUAUUUAAGAAACUCUAUGUAUAGAACAGAUGCUGUAAAGGUUAUUUGUGUCUCUGUGGUCCAACGUUAACGAGGGGUCACAACGACCAACCCCCUCAACGUUUCUCCAAAUGUCGGGUACUCAUUGGAGCUGGGUGAACUCAGAGGCGCCUAAAAGAUCCCGAAAUUAAAAAAUUCCAGUCUUCAUCAAGAUUUGAACCCGGGACGCUGGGUGGAAGCGAAGCGCAUUACCAAUUAUCCACUGCAUGUCCCCCACUACUCUUUUACAAAGGAUUCUCACAAACAAACCAAUGCGCAAUUUCAUUUGUCAAUAUCAGGAGUAAAAUGAAAUAUUUUGAGUGUGACAUUGUCACUUCUUGUUGUUGUUAAAGAAACAUCUUUACUAAUUAUUUUAUAAGAUUUAAUUUAAACUAAUUCACAAAAUUAAAAUAAAUGAUGUAAAUAUAUUGAAAAAUGAUGAAGCCCGUUUCUCCUCAAGGCACACAAUUAGUAGCGCAUCUACAAGACACACUCUUGACACUAGAGUCGCCUAUGUGCAUCUACAAGACACACUCUUGACACUAGAGUUGCCUAUGUGCAUCUACAAGGUGUGCAUCUACAAGACACACUCUUGACACUAGAGUUGCCUAUGUGCAUCUACAAGACACACUCUUGACACUAGAGUUGCCUAUGUGCAUCUUUGUGUUCACAACUUCAACGCGUUGACAUGUUUGAAUAAAGACUUUGAAUGUAGAUUAAUUUUAGCAGAUAAUGUCAACGGAUUCAACAUAUGUGACCUAAUUAGUUGAUAUAUAAUUCCCAGAUUCCCUGAUUCUCAAUAGUAAAGUUAAAAAUGCAUCUUUUGCCAAAGAUCUGCUAACCCAUAGUAAGACAUAAUCUUAUGUUCCAUUUCUUAAGACAACACUAAGUACAAUUUCAGAUCUAGCUUACAAGAACUGAAAGAUGCUUCCUUUAGAGGUAAAUUAGGUGUACGUACUUGUAUAUACAUGCAUGCGAAUUUCUCAUGAAAAAUAUUUGACAAUUAUAAAUCCAUAAAGUUCUUCGAGUUAUAUUUCAAUAUAACUAUUUUUUAAAAACAUUCUUAAUUUACUGUAUAUUUCAAAAGAUAUCUUUUUAAGGUUGAUUUUGGUGUAUGUUGACUUGAAAUAAUUUAAACUAGUAUAUGUUUGAAAUAAAAUGUUUUUUGUGUGUUUGAAUUUAACAAUGAUAAUAAUGCUAAUGAUAAAAAUGCUAAUGAUAAUAAAAAUUCUAGUGUUGA